CUGUAAUAUAAAUAAAGUAUGAGGGUAAUUUUAAAGUCCAAAAGAAUUUGGUGGUGAUUUAUAAGCAAAUCCAGUGUCACCAACCCACAAAGUGAAGAAGAGAUUUGACACAACACAACUCAUCACUCAGAAUCUCCCAAGGACCGGAAGUGUGAAAGAAAAUGGCUUCAGAUCCAAAGCUUCACACUUUCGAUGAUGUGUCAAAGCACAACAAGACCAAAGAUUGCUGGCUUAUUCUUUCUGGAAAGGUGUACGAUGUCUCCCCUUUUAUGGAGGAUCAUCCUGGAGGUGAUGAGGUUUUGUUGUCUGCAACAGGGAAAGAUGCAACUAAUGAUUUUGAAGAUGUGGGACACAGUGAUUCUGCUAGAGAAAUGAUGGACAAAUACUACAUUGGUGAGAUUGAUCCAUCCACUGUUCCCCUAAAGCGCACCUAUGUUCCACCUCAGCAGUCUCAGUACAAUCCGGACAAGACUUCAGAAUUUGUGAUCAAGAUUUUGCAAUUCCUGGUGCCUCUCCUGAUAUUGGGCUUAGCCUUUGUUGUCAGAAACUACACCAAGAAAGAGUAGCUCCUUCUUUAUCAUCAUAUUGCACCCUUGUGAGGGGUCUGUUAGCUAUUUAUAGAGGGUCAUUCAAAGGACAGUGUUUAGUUUCUUCUUGGUGUCUUGAGCAUUGAAACUGGAUUAUAAUGUUUUUCAACUUUCUUUGGUAAUGAAUGGUACUGGUGUCAUUGUGACUGAAAAGCCUAAUAAUAAUGUUGGAUUGUGAAUUUCAUCUCUCUUCA